CGAAAUACCAACCAUGAGUAAACAGUAGUCAGCAGCAGCAGAAGAAGCAGCAGCAGCUCCGAUGAAUCCGAUCGCAUUUUAUUCACAAUAAUAAUGUGUAAAUAUGACACAAAUAUCACCUCGAAAAAUAAGGCAAUUGGGUCUGUUCGUGUUCCUUAGUGUAACAGGUUUCCUAGUGAUAUACAAGUUUUCUAGCAAUGAGUUUACCAAUUACGACGAAGGGACUGACCUAGAUGCUGAGCAGCAUGAGGCAGCCCAUGCAAAGGCCCUCGAUGAUAUCAGCAGCAGAUUGAAGGAUCUGGAAAUCGAGUUUGCCAAUUUGGAGGCUCGAGUACCCAAGAAGUAUCCACAAAUUAAAUCAUUGAAUUACUUGGAGAGGAAAAGGAUAUUGAUCACUGGAGGUGCAGGUUUUGUUGGUUCGCAUUUGGUUGAUAGACUGAUGUUCCAAGGACACGAAGUGAUUGUAGUGGACAACUUCUUCACCGGUCGUAAACGCAACGUGGAGCAUUGGAUCGGUCACAAGAACUUCGAGCUGAUCCACCAUGAUAUUGUGAACCCUCUCUUCAUCGAGGUCGACCAAAUUUACCAUCUUGCCAGUCCUGCGAGUCCUCCCCAUUACAUGCUUAACCCGGUGAAGACAAUUAAGACAAAUACUAUAGGAACAAUUAACAUAUUAGGAUUAGCGAGGAGGGUGCAUGCGAAGGUACUGAUAGCCAGCACUUCUGAGGUUUACGGAGAUCCAGAUAUACAUCCACAACCGGAAACGUAUUGGGGACACGUGAAUCCUAUUGGACCGAGGGCGUGUUACGAUGAAGGCAAAAGGGUUUCGGAAACGCUUAGCUACGCCUACGCUAAAGAACACAACAUUGAGGUUCGUGUUGCCAGGAUAUUCAACACGUACGGACCCAGAAUGCACAUGAACGAUGGACGAGUUGUUUCUAAUUUUAUACUCCAAGCUUUACAGAACGACGUUAUAACUAUUUAUGGAUCCGGAAAACAGACUAGAUCGUUUCAAUAUGUGACUGAUUUGGUGGAUGGGUUGGUUGCACUCAUGGCAUCCAAUUAUUCAUUACCCAUAAAUCUUGGAAAUCCUGUAGAACACACGAUAAAUGAAUUUGCGACAAUUAUCAAAGACUUGGUUGGAGGUAGCGGCAAAAUAAUUCAUUUAGCGGAGGUAGAGGAUGAUCCUCAAAGAAGAAGGCCGGACAUAUCCAGGGCGAAGAAGUAUUUGAACUGGGAACCGCAGGUGUCGCUCGCCGUUGGCUUGCAGCGAACCGUCGAUUAUUUUCGAAAGGAAUUGAAAAAAUUCAAUUACUCCAGCAAUAACAAAUUUAUACCGGAAAGACCAGCAUAAAUGAAGCAGCUUUGCAAUGAUGUUGUUUUUGCCUCUUGAUUUGUGAUGUGUAUAAAUGUGAUUACUUUUCUUUUUUUUUACGUUGGUUAGGAUUUAUUGGCAAGUGUGUUAUAUGUGUACAUUGAAAGACUUUAACAUGACAUCUGCGUGGAACGCGUAUAAUUUAAUAAUUUUUCAAUUUACAGAAAAUGUAUAUAGAGUAUUGUGUAUUUAAUUAAG